AUGGAAUUUUCAAAUCAACUACCAAAUUUCGACAUAAGUAUUUUCGACGACGAACAAAACGAAAGGAUUCACGGAAGGUUUGUUCCGAUGACAGAUAGCGAAGUUGAUAAUUUGAUCGACACGGAGGAAUUUGCCAACACAGAGAGAAAGACACUGUACGACCUAAAUUUUGUCAAGCAGUUUCUAACAGAACACGGCGAGAGGAGAAGCAUUGAAGAGAUUCCAGCAGUUGAACUUAACAACUACCUAAGCAAAUUCAUAUUCGCUGCAAGAACAAAAAAAGGCGAAGAGAACGAACCUUCUUCACUUAGAGGAAUUUUUUCGGGUGUUGAGCGCCACCUAAGUUGUGCCGAUUCCCGGGUGCCGAUUAUGGGAAAUCUAUUAUCAAAGAUAAUGAUUUUCAAAAGACUCGAGAUACCCUUAAAGCAAAACAGAAAGAACUGA